AUGGAUAUGAUGGAUUUUGACAAAACAACCGACCCAGGAUGUGAAAGAAUUCUACAUUACCUCAAAGAACUUUCCCAAAAGGAUGGGGUGCUGAAGUGCGGAACUGAGGAAGCUAGGAGUAGAAAAAGGCCACUCCGAACGUUUCUGCCAUGGCUCGCAUCCGACGGAUCUCUCUUUUGGAUCAGUGGCAAAGCUAGUUCCGGGAAGUCCACGCUGAUGCAACACCUACAUGAGAACAGUGGCGCUAUCAGAAAAUCGUCGCGGGCCUGCAAAACAUCAGUGACCGUAGCAGCCUUUUCCUUCGUUGACGAAGGCACUGGUGUCCCCCGGGGAAGCUCCGCCAAUGUCAAUCUGGAACACCACCUCCCAUUGACACUAGCAGAGACGCCCAUGCGCAUUACCUACCAGAUAUUGAAAGUCGACAGACAUUACAAAGGCCGUCUAUCCCGAGAACUUCAUCAGGUAAGACCAUCUUAUGUCCCUGACGAGAAGGUGGGACCUUUUAUUAGAUGCAGCAGUGAUGGGAAACUGAGUACAACUCCCUCUUUUGUGGGCUUCGCAUCAAAUCCCCGUGUUCGAGAGCUUGGAGCCUUCAACCCCGAUGUGAAGCGCUGUGGAAACAAAACUAUUGGCUUCAAUAAGAAGUGGAUGGACUGA